AUGGCUAUCGCGAAGCAUGGUCGAGACUGCGAACAGCUCUCCCAACGCUUGGGCGACGCUUUGAAUAAUGGUCGAAGAGCGAGAGGGGCGCUACCGAGUACGGCGGCGCACGCAGCGCAGAACGUCGAGAGCAGGCCGGCGGUGCAUCGGCAGUUUCCGAAUCCCGCCACAAACCGUCUGCUUCCGUCGUCAUUCGAACCCCGACCGUUCUGGCGACAGACGCGCGUAUUGGACUCGGAUCAAAUCGUCGAGGAAUUCGGCGGCCGCUUGCUCGAUGGGCGGCAGCAGCGGACCGCUCUCGGCGAUGAAUCGCGCUCCGUACCAAAUAUGGCGCGCGCGCCUGUAUUGGAAGUCCGUGGAUAUAGGAAGGUGUAUUCGGACGACUCGAAUCGGGAGCGUACUUUGAAUCAAUGCGUGGGACGGAAAGCGGAGGGCGAAGCCACGAAUGAAGGCUAGCCGGCGACAAGGACUGCCAGGUUCGCAGGCCCCGGCUCCGCCAAGCCGACAAUGAAGAGGUACGACGCUGGUCGCCUGCCGGAAUGCUGGUCGACCACCGGAGGAGGCAAUUCGCU